AUGUCGGUCCACUUUGUGGCAGCGCUGGCAGCUUUUUUUGCCUCAUUCUACACCUUCAAUUUGCCAAGAGGAGGCUUCACGCACCCUAGAGUUCAUCCAAAGGUAAGCAAAAAUAUGCUUCUUCCUUGGGAGAAUUCCAUUGGGGGGGCUUUAAACUGAGGCAUUUUGUAUCACAGCUUGGUUUGGCAGGUUAAUUGAAUCAAGAUAUGUUGAUACGUUUGAAACGCUCCUUUGUCAGAGCAUAAACACAUAAUGCGAAGCCAUUAUUUGAACUGGGGACAAUGUACAGAGGUAAUGCAGCACACUUCAGACACUAUUGAAGACAUCAGGGGACCUAAUCAUAUUUCUAAAGUUUUGUCUGGAUGUGCUCUUUGUUUUCACAGAUCUUUUGCUGGAAUCAAUCCAUCCACUGACUCGAAGACCGCCACAGCAGAGGUCGUCAGCAAGAAAAGUGGAAAGGUAG